UGUCUCAGCCGCAGCCACUCAUACCUGCACAGUCUCCACCCUCCUCUUAUAACUGGUCCAGCAGUUAAAUAGCUAUAAAGCACUGUCUCUUUCUGUCUCAUUCUCCCUGAGCUCCAACAGCAAUAGUAGCAACAGCAGCUGUGGAAGCGGCAGCUAGAGAUAGGCAGGGCUGUUGCUCGCUGCCGCGCAGAUUGCCUCCUCCUUACCACACACGCGCGCGCACACACACACAGACACACACGCACUGCACGGAUUCCCAACAUCACCGCGUCUUGAUAGAAAUGAAGGACUCAGAGAGAUGAAACAAGAGCAUGAGUCAUGGACAACAGUGCUUUAAUAUAUUAUUGAAACAACAAACUCACAUCCACAUCGGUUUCAUGUUGACAGAUUGCAUAUUUUGAAAGCUUGAGAUAUUUUGUAAUGAAACAUGCCAUGUGGAAACUCUGAAGUAUAGAGUUCUGCCAAACACCUGAAUAAAGAAUUCCUCACCUGGUAUGUAAGAGACAUCACUACCACCAUGACCAACCAGGAGAAGUGGGCCCACCUCAGCCCCUCAGAAUUUUCCCAACUUCAGAAAUAUGCUGAGUAUUCCACAAAGAAAUUAAAGGAUGUUCUUGAAGAAUUCCAUGGUAAUGGUGUGCUUGCAAAGUAUAAUCCUGAAGGGACAAUAGAUUUUGAAGGUUUCAAGCUAUUUAUGAAGACAUUCCUGGAAGCAGAGCUUCCUGAUGAUUUCACGGCACACCUUUUCAUGUCAUUUAGCAACAAAUUUCCUCAUUCUAGUCCAAUGGUAAAAAGUAAGCCAGCUCUCCUUUCAGGCGGUUUGAGAAUGAAUAAAGGUGCCAUCACCCCACCCCGUACUUCUCCUGCAAAUUCAUGUUCUCCAGAAGUAAUUCAUCUGAAGGACAUUGUCUGUUACCUGUCUCUCCUUGAAAGAGGAAGACCCGAGGAUAAACUUGAGUUUAUGUUUCGCCUCUAUGACACAGAUGGGAAUGGCUUCCUGGACAGCUCGGAACUAGAAAAUAUCAUCAGUCAGAUGAUGCAUGUCGCAGAGUACCUUGAAUGGGAUGUCACUGAACUUAAUCCAAUCCUCCAUGAAAUGAUGGAAGAAAUAGACUAUGAUCAUGAUGGAACAGUCUCUCUGGAGGAAUGGAUCCAAGGAGGAAUGACAACAAUUCCACUUCUUGUGCUCCUGGGCUUGGAAAAUAACGUGAAGGAUGACGGACAGCAUGUGUGGCGACUCAAACACUUUAACAAACCUGCCUACUGCAAUCUUUGCCUGAACAUGCUGAUUGGUGUGGGGAAGCAGGGCCUCUGCUGUUCCUUUUGCAAGUACACAGUGCAUGAGCGUUGUGUGGCUAGAGCGCCGCCUUCUUGCAUCAAGACGUAUGUGAAGUCCAAGAAGAACACUGAUGUCAUGCACCAUUACUGGGUUGAAGGUAACUGCCCAACCAAGUGUGAUAAGUGCCACAAGACGGUUAAAUGUUACCAGGGUCUGACAGGACUGCAUUGUGUUUGGUGUCAGAUCACACUGCAUAAUAAAUGUGCUUCUCAUCUCAAACCUGAAUGUGACUGCGGACCUCUGAAGGACCAUAUUUUACCACCCACAACAAUCUGUCCAGUAGUACUGCAGACUCUGUCCACUUCAGGAGUUUCAGUCCCUGAGGAAAGACAAGCAACAGUGAAAAAGGAAAAAGGUGGUUCCCAACAGUCAAAUAAAGUGACUGACAAAAACAAAAUGCAAAGAGCCAACUCCGUGACCGUGGAUGGCCAAGGCCUACAGAUUACUCCUGUUCCUGGUACUCAUCCACUUCUAGUUUUUGUGAACCCCAAAAGUGGUGGGAAACAAGGAGAAAGAAUUUACAGAAAAUUCCAGUAUCUACUAAAUCCUCGUCAGGUUUACAGUCUUUCUGGAAAUGGACCGAUGCCAGGGUUAAACUUUUUCCGUGAUGUUCCUGAUUUCAGAGUGUUAGCCUGUGGUGGAGAUGGAACCGUGGGAUGGAUUUUGGACUGCAUAGAAAAGGCUAAUGUUGUCAAGCAUCCUCCAGUUGCUAUUCUGCCUCUUGGGACCGGCAAUGACUUAGCAAGAUGCCUGCGAUGGGGAGGAGGUUAUGAAGGUGAGAAUCUGAUGAAAAUCCUAAAAGACAUUGAAAACAGCACAGAAAUCAUGUUGGACAGGUGGAAGUUUGAAGUCAUACCUAAUGACAAAGAUGAGAAGGGAGACCCAGUGCCUUACAGUAUCAUCAAUAAUUACUUUUCCAUUGGCGUGGAUGCUUCCAUUGCACACAGAUUCCACAUCAUGAGAGAAAAACACCCAGAAAAAUUCAACAGUAGAAUGAAGAACAAAUUUUGGUAUUUUGAGUUUGGCACAUCUGAAACUUUCUCAGCCACCUGCAAGAAGCUACAUGAAUCUGUAGAAAUAGAAUGUGAUGGAGUACAAAUAGAUUUAAUAAACAUCUCUCUGGAAGGAAUUGCUAUUUUGAAUAUACCGAGCAUGCAUGGUGGAUCCAAUCUUUGGGGAGAGUCUAAGAAAAGACGAAGCCACCGCCGAAUAGAGAAAAAAGGGUCUGACAAAAGGACUACACUCACAGAUGCUAAGGAGUUGAAGUUUGCAAGUCAAGAUCUGAGUGAUCAGCUGCUAGAGGUAGUUGGCUUGGAAGGAGCCAUGGAGAUGGGACAAAUAUACACGGGACUGAAAAGUGCUGGGCGGCGGCUGGCUCAGUGCUCCUCUGUGGUCAUCAGGACUAGCAAGUCUCUGCCAAUGCAGAUCGAUGGGGAACCAUGGAUGCAGACCCCAUGCACGAUAAAAAUUACACACAAGAACCAAGCCCCAAUGCUGAUGGGUCCUCCUCCAAAAACUGGGCUGUUCUGCUCUCUCGUCAAAAGAACAAGAAACCGAAGCAAGGAAUAAACCUGUUUCAUUUUAUUCUUAGAGAUCUAAUUAGCAUAAUUGGGCCAUGGAAACUUAUGCUGGAAACCUUUCAACCAUUUCAGUUCUCUUGCUCAUGCAAAAUCAUGGAAUUGGUUAACAGUUUUUGUUACCGAGCUAAUGUAAUAUUCAGCUAUUAGAAAAUUUGUCUCCGUUUUUAUAGGCAUCUUUGCAUGAAGAAGGCAGAAGUGUACAUGAAGUGAUACUGCAUAUUUUUGUUGCACGUGUUCCCAUAGAUUUUUAUGUCUCUCAUCCACCCCUCCCCCAAUUCCAUUUACUAACCUGUGAGACAAAUAUGUGAAACAUAAAAGGAAAUAUCAUGGGAAAUGUGAUUCUGCGUGUGAUUCAAAUUAUUGGUAAGCACUAAUCAGUAAUGCUAUGAUGAUCAUCACUGUAGAUUGCUAUAUUUUUCCCUGAUAGAAUCAGUGCAUCAAUGAUCUUCGAACUAUGACUUGAAAAGAAACUUUUAAUUGGACGAUUUUAUUAAAUAGUUGUCUGUGAUAAUCUUGCUGUACCUAAAUAGUUUUUCUUCAACAUCUUAAUGCUUCUGAGUGGAAUUUAAAAUAUCAGAUAUAUAAAGUUUUCUUGUGCUAAAAAAAAUAGAAAGUGAUUUUUAUUUUGUUUCAUUUUGUUUUUAAUUCCAGAAAUAAGUGAAAACAGAAAUAAGUUACUUGGCAGUGAAGUGUGAUAAUAUGACAAGCCUUACUCCUUUUUGCAUGUGGAUCUAGAAGAAAAUUCAUAACCACACCAAUAACCAAAUAGAUGUUUUAAACUAUGUGCCUAAUAUACUAUUUCCCACCAAAGAUUCAGAAAAAGAUGCUUGAGAGAAAUGGGUUAAUGUAUAAUUAAUUAGCUUUGUGGAGUAAAUUUAUGGUUCUUAUGAUUAAUUUUUUGAUGACUUAAACUCUGGAAGAGAGUGAAUUACCCAUUAAUUAUAAUUAAAAUUCUCACCUUACAUAGACAAUAGGCCAAACAACACAAUCAAAGCUCAAAUGCUGAUUUCUUGCUUUUUUGGUCAUUUAUAAAUAUAGGUAUGUGUAAUUUUUAAUGGGUCAGUUAAGUACACUUGAGAUAGUAAAUGAUUGUAUCAGUUUUGCUCUGGAAUAAAUUGAUACCUUCAAUGCUAUUAAGCUCAUUGAAGCAAAUCGUGCAUGCAGUUAGCCCUCUCCCAUCAGCCUACACCACUCCUAUCUCUGUGACAUUUCAAAUGUUUAUUUGGAAAUAAUGACCCAGAUCGUUGUUUACGGUGUUCAUGGGAUGGUUGGAGUGUCCAUUUAAAGAAAUCGCAGCAUAGUACUUUCCUUGGUGUUUCAUUAAAUCUAUGAUAUAAAAUGAAAUGCUUUUCUGAGCAGUUUGGGUAUGUUUCAGUCAUAUUGACCUGCAUCCCAUCAGUGCAUGUUUUCUGUUUUUAAACAUGCCAUGAGGAAAACAAGUGCUUGAAAUGCAUGAUUUAUUAGUUUUUCUCUCCACUCAGCAUUAAAGUACUAAUGAUUUAUCAGUUCUGUUUUUCUAUUGAUUCAUUCAUCUUUGAAUAACAAAUAGCAUUUAGUGAUUCUGUUGAACACAAUCCUGUGCAUGGAUUUAUGGAUUUCAAGUGAAAUUGCUAUAAUUUUUGUUCUUCAGUUUGAAAACUCAACUGAAUGCCGUUAUAUCCAAUAGCUACUCUCAAGCAAUGUACUAUAAUGGAAGAUUAUGUAUAAAGCGUAUUAUUUUAGUGUUCCAGGAACAUUAGAUGGUAAAUAUCAAUCAACAAUAAGUUUAAUUGCUUUGAAAAUAAAAGCUUUUGAAUAAAAUUAAGACAUAAUUUAGCAGUCCCAGGAAAAUGAUCAUUACAAUUGCAAAUGUAGCACAGCAAUCACUUGCCCUAGUAUAAUAAUAAUAAUAAAAAAAAAGUUAUUUGGCAGAGCAUAAUCUGGAGCAAAAGAAAUCUCUCAAAACAGUAACAAAUGCAUUACUGACAUGAUGUUACAUAACAAACACACUGAUUUUGUGUAUCUUUGGUUACAGGUAAUAAAUAUUUCUACAUAAAUUGACAAAGGUUUGUACAAUGGGCAGGCAGGCUUUGUAUCAAAAUAUAUUCUGAAGCCACAGAUGAUUUUAUGGGCAGUACACAUGCAGUUAUGUUUUGGCUGCCUUUUAUAGUAUGUGGUUUGAAGGCAGCAACAGUUGAUGAAUCAUUCUUAAUCUGUGUGGUGGCGAGCUCUUGAAGAGACAGCGGCUUGAGACAGUUCAAGCAACCUGCCUGUCAGAUUCCCAGAGUUCUAGCAAAAGCAUGCAGCUUUACUUCCGGGGUAGCCAUGUAACUCUCAUUAGUGCCGAUAGUAGUUACAUCUUCAGUUACAAUCCAUUGGUACAAAUAAUACAUGUUCAAGCAGGAAUCAAAUGUUACUGUCUUCAACUCAUUUCCUAAAGUUCCUGACAUGCUUGCCCUCCUACUACACUACUCCUGGGGUUUGGAAAGUAGUUUUAAAAGAACAACUUUGAUGGUUUUGAAAUCAGAGAAGAUAGUCUCCAUUUUUAUGACAGCUUCAGGUGAAGAAUAUAUAUUUUCAAGAAAAUUCCAAGCUGAAAGUUCUAUGGUUUAGUAAAAUACUGAAUAAUGAAUGUUAGCUUUUCAAGAUGGAAUUUGUUCUUCUGUGUGUGGGGGUGAGUGCCUGAGUGGUUGAGUCAACCUCUUUUAAACAGAGUAGAUCUAGUUUUUCUACAGAGUUUUAAGUAGAUGAAACUCUUAAGCAAAAAUUAAUAUUGGGCUGGCAGGAGUCAGAUUAACAGGGGAAAAGAGAUAGGCACUCUUUUGCCAAACAGUGCCAUACACCGAGUUGACAAACAGACAUUCCCAAAGAAACCUGGAUAUCCAUGCUUCCCAUUGGGAAUAGAGGUGUCUACGUGACCCAGAAAUUUUAAAGGACAUAAAUGUAUUUUUCCACACUCAUCUGUAUACCAUGUGUACUCGAUGCAAAAAGUCCUAGUCAGUUUAUUGUGGAAGAAGAUGAUAUCUUGUAGAAAGUGGAGAAAAUAAACUUUUAAUACAGUUUUUUUUUUUAUGUUUAGACUAUGUGAUUAUAGCCAUAACGAAGCAGAAGGCUCAGAUGUUUAAUGUAGUCUACUGCAGGUAGAAAUGUAAAUUUGAUUAAGAGCUAAUGAAUCGCCUGUAUGUUUCUGCAUUUUGCUCUUUUUUUUUUUCUUUUUUACGGGGAUGGGAAAUAAGCAAUUUUCAAGGAAGAAUCUGUUUUGAAUCCCAGGUUGUAUUCUACUUGAAUGAGACAAAACUUUUAAAUGGUUCCAUGUCUUUUUGUGUCAGUUUGUUGUUUAUUGAUUAUAAAAAGGAAAAUGUACCUUUCAUGGCACAUAUAACCCACAAACGAUUAGUCAAAUACAGUAUGUAUAUUCUAAACUAAACGAUGAAGCCCUUGUAAUAUAUGUUGAGGAUGUAAAAUUUAAAUAAAUGAAUAAAUAAAUAAAUAAAUAAACAAGCAAAAUCCACAAAAGAGCUUCUGUUUUGUGACAGGCAGACAUUACCCCUUAAGUCUCCCGACUGAAUUGCAUUCUAUUUAAAUAAAGUUUGAAUAAAUGCAUAUUUCAAGGAUUCUGUACAUCCUUACUGUGUUUAAAAACAUAGAAGUCAUUUAAUUACAGUGUCUUAAUUAUUUUUCAGAAAGUGUUACAUACAGUAUCCUGCUUUUUGAAAUAAAAAUGUUAACCACUCA